CCUUUGACAGACCCCGUCUAUAAAUAGACGCAUCAGCCUAUCAUAAAAGGGCAACCAUACUCAAGCAGCUCAAAACCUCUAGCCUGCUACCAAGAAAUGGCUCUGGUUGCUUCUGCCCUGAUAAGUCACACUGCCCAUCGUCCUGGCCUAAGAAGCCACAUAGGACCCAAUGGUGGCAAUUUGUCAUGGCACGAGAAGAGUAAAAGAAGGUGUGACCUUAUUAGUGUUAGAUCACUACCCUGGAGCGGCGAGCUUGUAGAAUAUCUGACGCCUUCAGAAAUCCCAAAGAGGGACUGGUUCAGCGACGAGUUCGUCUUUGGCUCCGCCACUUCAGCAUACCAAAUUGAAGGUGCUUGGAAUGAGCAUGGCAAGGGGCCAAGCACUUGGGACCACUUCUGCCACACUUAUCCUGAGAGGAUAGUUGAUGGAAGCAAUGGGGAUGUUGCAGUGAACUCCUACCAUAUGUAUGAAGAGGAUGUCAAGUUGCUGAAGCAAAUGGGCAUGGACGCCUAUAGGUUCUCAAUCUCUUGGUCGAGAAUACUGCCAAAGGGGACGCUCGAAGGUGGGAUAAACUAUAAUGGCCUCCAGUACUACAGAAACCUGAUCAACACGUUGAAAGAGAAUGGCAUAGAGCCAUAUGUAACAAUUUUCCACUGGGACACUCCUCAAGCACUGGAGGACAAGUAUGGCAGCUUCAGAGAUCCGAGGAUUAUAAAAGACUACACAGACUUUGCCAGGGUGUGCUUCGAGCAUUUUGGCGACAAGGUGAAACACUGGUUCACCUUUAAUGAGCCUCAAAACUUUUGUUCAUAUGCCUAUGGAUCGGGGCAGCAUGCUCCUGGGAGGUGCUCACCAGGGCACAAGUGUGCCAUCCCACGUGGUGACUCGCUCAUUGAGCCAUACCGUGUUGGCCACAACAUCCUUCUAGCUCAUGCUGAGGUAGCUGAUCUGUACAAGAAGUAUUACAAGGGUGAAGAUGGACACAUAGGGCUGGCGAUCGAUUCAAUGUUCUAUAAGCCAUAUGCAAAUACAUUCCUCGAUGAACAAGCCAAAGAAAGAUCCAUUGACUUCUGCCUAGGAUGGUUCAUGGAACCAAUAUAUCGUGGUGAAUACCCCUUCUCCAUGAGAUCAUUGUUGGGGCAUCGACUACCGUACUUCAAAGAUGAUGAGAAAGAGAAAUUGGUGGGUUCCUACAACAUGAUGGGGCUCAACUACUACACAUCCUUGUUCUGUGAGCAUGUCGACAUUUCUCCAGAAUUCUCGCCAGAGGUGAACACCGAAGAUCCCUAUGCGACACCCAAAUUUGUUGAUCAUGAAGGGAAUCAUAUCGGUCCUGAAACUGGAUAUCAAUGGAUUAGAUCGUACCCACAAGGCCUAAAGGACCUUCUUAUGAUCAUAAAGAACAAAUAUGGAAACCCACCCAUCUACAUCACUGAGAACGGGACCGCGGAUUUUGAUGAUGGCCAUCUAUCCAAGAAAGAAGCAUUGGAUGAUGGUUUAAGGCUAGAUUACCUCCAGCGCCACAUUGCAGUCGUCAAAGAGUCAAUAGACUCUGGUGCGGACGUGCGCGGGCACUUCACCUGGUCUCUUCUAGACAACUUCGAGUGGGCUAAGGGCUACACUUGUCGUUUCGGCAUCGUCUACGUCGAUCGCGACAACGGCUUCAAGCGGACCAUGAAGAAGUCAGCCAAGUGGUUUUGUGACUUUAACAACACUCCAAGGAAGGUCAUCAAUGACAAGCAUCGUGACCUCAUCCUCCUUAAUAAUCCAGCUUUGGUCAGCAGUAACUGAGAUGCGUGCAGCGUGGUUGGCCCACAACAGUACGCUGAACGGAGAAUGACUUUAGUGUGGGUUUUGAACCGAGAAGAAAAUAGAAGAAAAUAAUUUGGUGUCCCCUACUUUAUUUUGGAUGCAAAUGCAAAAUGCAAAUGAAUGAACUGAUGUGUCCAUUUCACUACUAGCUAAGUCUGAAACUGUGCAUGUUAUGGAUGA